GUCUCCCGCCUCGCGGGAUUUCGCGAGAGUUGGGAGUAAACAGCCCCGAAUGGAGUCCCGAGGCGUGUUCGCCGCGGAGACGCCGUUAUCCCGGGGCCGCCGAGCCUGAGGCAGCCGCAGUGUUUGAUGGCAAAUUUUUUUGACUACACCUGAUUAAAGAUGUAAUUACUAUGGUGCCUUGGUGGGUGCAGUGUGGUGACAUACAUCUGAAGCGAUGUGAACCUACACCACUGAAUCACACGGUGCUGUAUAGCAAUGUCAGCGUGGUAAAAAUUAAUACAAUUAAAUCUGCUCAACCUUAAAGGCAAUAGAUUGGCUGGCAGAGUGAUUGAUUAGCCUCUUUGGACUUUGGUUCUGUGGUGCCAAUGGAGCACAGGACUCAGUUGUCUGGGCCAGAGUGAAGAGAAAUCUGAUGUCCAGGAUGGAGAAGAAACGAAGAAAGAAAUGAAAGCCUCUUUUCAGGCCAAACCACAAAAGACCAUGAAAUUUAACUUUUAUUUAUGUUGGACCGGACAGUAAAAAUGGCUCAUCUGUACUGUUUCAGCUUUAACUGAAACAAAAAUGAACUUAUAAUCAAGGAAGAAAAAAGUGCGAUUUGAAUUUAUGCGAUUUUUAUGACCAUAGUCAUUUGUGACCAUGAAGCUUGUCAACAUCUGGCUGCUUCUGCUAGUGGUUUUGCUCUGUGGGAAGAAACAUCGGGGUGACAGAGUGGAAAAGAAAUCUUUUGAAAAAGUUCCAUGCCCUGGCUGUUCCCACCUGACUUUGAAGGUGGAAUUCUCCUCAACAGUUGUGGAAUAUGAAUAUAUUGUGGCUUUCAAUGGAUACUUUACAGCCAAAGCUAGAAAUUCAUUUAUUUCGAGUGCCCUGAAGAGCAGUGAAAUAGACAAUUGGAGAAUUAUACCUCGAAACAAUCCAUCCAGUGACUACCCUAGUGAUUUUGAGGUGAUUCAGAUAAAAGAAAAACAGAAAGCAGGACUGCUAACACUGGAAGAUCAUCCUAACAUCAAACGGGUAACACCCCAACGGAAAGUCUUUCGUGCCCUCAAGUAUGCAGAGUCUGACCCUGUCUUGCCCUGUAAUGAAACCCGAUGGAGCCAGAAGUGGCAGUCGUCCCGUCCUCUGCGAAGAGCCAGUCUCUCCCUGGGCUCCGGGUUCUGGCAUGCCACAGGAAGACACUCAAGCAGACGGCUGCUGAGAGCCAUCCCGCGCCAGGUUGCCCAGACGCUGCAGGCGGAUGUGCUCUGGCAGAUGGGGUACACAGGUGCUAAUGUAAGGGUUGCUGUUUUUGACACUGGGCUGAGUGAGAAGCACCCCCACUUCAAAAAUGUGAAGGAGAGAACCAACUGGACCAAUGAGCGGACACUGGAUGACGGGCUGGGCCAUGGAACGUUCGUGGCAGGUGUGAUUGCCAGCAUGAGAGAAUGCCAAGGAUUUGCUCCAGAUGCAGAACUUCAUAUUUUCAGGGUUUUUACCAAUAACCAGGUCUCGUACACGUCUUGGUUCUUGGAUGCCUUCAACUAUGCCAUCUUAAAGAAGAUUGAUGUGCUGAACCUCAGCAUUGGUGGCCCAGACUUCAUGGACCAUCCCUUUGUUGAUAAGGUUUGGGAAUUAACAGCUAAUAAUGUAAUCAUGGUCUCUGCUAUUGGCAACGAUGGGCCUCUUUAUGGCACUCUGAAUAACCCUGCUGAUCAGAUGGAUGUAAUUGGAGUAGGUGGCAUUGACUUUGAGGAUAACAUCGCCCGCUUUUCUUCGAGGGGAAUGACUACCUGGGAACUACCUGGAGGUUACGGCCGUGUGAAACCUGACAUUGUCACGUAUGGUGCUGGAGUGAGGGGUUCCGGUGUGAAAGGAGGGUGCCGUGCCCUUUCAGGGACCAGUGUGGCUUCUCCAGUGGUGGCUGGUGCUGUCACCUUGCUGGUCAGCACGGUCCAGAAACGGGAACUGGUGAAUCCAGCCAGUAUGAAGCAGGCCCUGAUUGCAUCUGCCCGGAGGCUUCCUGGUGUCAAUAUGUUUGAGCAAGGCCAUGGCAAGCUGGACCUGCUCAGAGCGUAUCAGAUCCUCAACAGCUACAAGCCCCAGGCAAGUUUGAGCCCCAGCUACAUAGAUCUGACUGAGUGUCCCUACAUGUGGCCCUACUGCUCCCAGCCCAUCUACUAUGGAGGAAUGCCAACAAUCGUCAAUGUCACCAUCCUCAAUGGCAUGGGCGUCACAGGAAGAGUUGUAGACAAGCCUGACUGGCAGCCCUAUUUACCCCAGAAUGGGGACAACAUUGAAGUCGCUUUCUCUUACUCAUCAGUUUUAUGGCCUUGGUCAGGCUACCUGGCCAUUUCCAUUUCUGUCACCAAGAAAGCAGCUUCCUGGGAAGGCAUUGCACAGGGACACGUCAUGAUCACCGUGGCUUCCCCGGCAGAGCUGGAAUCAAAAAAUGGUGCAGAACAGACUUCGACAGUGAAGCUCCCAGUUAAGGUGAAGAUAAUUCCGGCUCCUCCGCGAAGUAAGAGGGUCCUGUGGGACCAGUACCACAACCUCCGCUACCCGCCCGGCUAUUUCCCCAGGGACAAUCUAAGGAUGAAGAAUGACCCUUUGGACUGGAAUGGUGACCACAUCCACACCAACUUCAGGGACAUGUACCAACACUUGAGAAGCAUGGGCUACUUUGUUGAGGUUCUCGGCUCCCCCUUCACGUGCUUUGAUGCUAAUCAGUAUGGAACAUUGCUCCUGGUGGACAGUGAAGAGGAGUACUUCCCUGAGGAGGUGGCCAAACUGAGGAGGGAUGUGGACAAUGGCCUUUCCCUCAUUGUCUUCAGUGAUUGGUACAACACCUCCGUUAUGAGAAAAGUGAAGUUUUAUGAUGAAAACACAAGGCAGUGGUGGAUGCCGGACACUGGAGGAGCUAACAUCCCAGCUCUGAACGAACUCCUGUCUGUAUGGAACAUGGGGUUCAGCGAUGGCCUGUAUGAAGGGGACUUCACCUUGGCAAACCAUGAUAUGUAUUACGCGUCAGGGUGCAGCAUUGCUAAAUUUCCAGAAGAUGGCAUAGUGAUAACACAGACCUUUAAAGACCAAGGAUUGGAGGUUCUAAAGCAGGAAACAGCAGUGGUUGAAAAUGUCCCCAUUUUGGGGCUUUAUCAGAUCCCUUCUGAGGGCGGAGGCCGGAUUGUGCUUUAUGGAGAUUCCAACUGCCUGGAUGACAGCCACCGGCAGAAAGACUGCUUUUGGCUUCUGGAUGCUCUGCUUCAGUACACGUCAUAUGGGGUGACACCUCCCAGCCUCAGUCACUCUGGAAAUCGGCAGCGUCCUCCCAGUGGCGUGGGCUCUGUGACUCCAGAGAGGAUGGAAGGGAACCACCUGCACCGAUACUCCAAGGUCCUAGAGGCCCGUUUGGGAGGCCCAGAGCCAAGGGCCCUGCCAGCCUGUCCACAUUUGUCAUGGGCCAAGCCACAGCCUUUAAAUGAGACGGCUCCCAGUAAUCUUUGGAAACAUCAGAAGUUACUCUCCAUUGACCUGGAUAAAGUGGUAUUACCCAACUUUCGAUCGAAUCGCCCUCAAGUGAGACCCUUGUCUCCCGGAGAAAGUGGUGCCUGGGACAUUCCUGGAGGGAUCAUGCCUGGCCGCUACAACCAAGAGGUGGGUCAGACCAUUCCUGUCUUUGCCUUCCUGGGAGCCAUGGUGGUCCUGGCCUUCUUUGUGGUACAAAUCAACAAGGCCAAAAGCAGGCCGAAGCGGAGGAAGCCCCGAGUGAAGCGACCACAGCUUAUGCAGCAGGUUCACCCCCCAAAAACCCCUUCAGUGUGACUGUCACACCAGCUGACCAUGAGAGCCAAAGAACCUUGGCAGUGGCCUCGGCAGAUGGAGCUAUGAAGUUUCAGGGGGCCGCCUGUGUAAAGGGGAUGGAGUCUUCAGUGGUGGUUUUAUCUAAAUGGGUCUUCCUCCUCUGCUAUGUGGAGGGCCAAGGUCCAUCUUGAGUGUCCCCUGGCUAGGGCCCACAGAAGGGAUGCAGUGGAGGGGCCUGGGGUCAGACUCCAUCCCCUGCUGCGUGCACUGAAGACUGAAGAGCACCGAGGCUGUCGGGCCUUCUCCCUGAGGGGAAGGGUGUCCGUUCAAACCAGCGAGACAACUCUGACCAAGCUAAAACAUGCUCAUUAAAGGCUAUUUUAUAUAUUUAUUGUUGGGAAAAGUCACUUUAAAGACUUGUGCUCUUUGGAAGCAAAGCUAUUUUUUUUGUCAAUGGAAUGCGGUUUUUUACUAUUACAUCAUGAGGAAUAACACAGAUUUUGUGACCUCCUUUUUGAUGGAAGGACAGAUUGAAAUUUGAAGGAAACGUGCACAAAUCUGUGAAACAUAGACCUUUGCUUUAUUUUUGUAUCAACUGCCAUCAUGUUUUGUAAUUUGGGGUCUUGAUUUCACCAUUGUCGGUGAAGAAAAUUUUCAAUAAAUAUGCAUUACCUGUAUGAAGUUAACAUGA